ACCACUGUUACACAUUGAUUAGUUCCCCUCACAGUGAAGCAGCAGAGGAAUUUCUGGGUGCAGAUAGGACCACUCCUCUCUGCAUACGAUUCUGCAUACAGUCGGAGCUUGGUGGUGAGGAGGGGGAGGGUGGUCUUGCAGUCGACGAGAGGAAUAGGACUUUAUUGAGGAGUAGCUGCAACGGGGGUAAAACGCAUGAGCCCCGUAGCCUUGCUGAUGGAAAGAGAGGGGAAAAAGACACGCUUGGACAAAUUACCACUCUGUUCUGACAAACUGCCGCUUAAAUUGUUUAACUUGUUGAUGCGACGUUAUUCUACUGUUUUUCUUCUGUAGCCUGGCUGCAGAGACAGAUAGAUGGGUGGCGGAAUCGCAAGUGUUCUCCGUGGAUAGGUUUUUUUUUUUUUUUUUUUUUUUUUUUUAAAUGUAUUAAUCUCACCGUGGAUGCAGUUUAAAGAGCAACCUUCCCUAAGAUGCAAUUCAUCUCUGAGCCAUAGCACUGUGAUAACCGGAGCGGGGUCGUAUCAAACACUCUAGGUCAGCAUGGCAGCAGGUGUAGCGGCAUGGCUCCCUUUCGCCCGAGCGGCGGCCAUAGGAUGGAUGCCUGUGGCUAGCACCCCGAUGCCCAUCCCUCCGCAAGACAAGAGAAAAGCCCAGGAUGGACUCAUCAUCCUCAACGUGAGUGGGACCAAGUUUCAGACGUGGCGAACCACUUUGGAAAGGUACCCCGACACUUUGCUGGGGAGCACGGAGAGAGACUUCUUUUUCCAUGAGGAGUCCAGUGAGUACUUUUUCGACCCGCGACCCUGAUAUCUUAGGCAUAUCCUCAAUUUUUACCGCACGGGGAAACUACACUAUCCGGCGUCAAGAAUGUAUAUCUGCCUACGACGAGGAGCUGGCUUUCUUUGGUAUAAUCCCCGAGAUAAUUGGAGAUUGCUGUUAUGAGGAAUACAAGGACCGAAGGCGCGAAAAUGCAGAGAGGCUCCAAGACGACGAGGACAUGGACGUGAACAAUGACGUAACGCCGGUGAACCUGACGUUCCGGGAGUACCUGUGGCGGGCUUUCGAAAACCCUCACACCAGCACCUUAGCUCUGGUCUUCUACUAUGUCACAGGCUUCUUCAUUGCCAUAUCAGUGAUGGCCAACGUGGUGGAGACGGUGCCGUGCGGGACUUUGCCCAACAGGUCUAAGGAAAUUUCCUGUGGAGACCGUUACGCAUUGGCCUUCUUUUGUUUAGACACAGCGUGUGUCAUGAUAUUCACUGUUGAGUAUCUUCUCCGUUUAAUCGCGGCUCCCAGCCGCUACAAGUUCAUGAAAAGUGUGAUGAGCGUCAUUGACGUGGUCGCCAUCAUGCCUUACUAUAUCGGACUGGUCAUGACUGACAAUGACCAGGUGAGCGGUGCUUUUGUCACACUGAGAGUCUUCCGGGUCUUUCGGAUUUUCAAGUUCUCCCGGCAUUCUGCGGGGCUGCGUAUCCUGGGCUACACCUUGAAGAGCUGCGCCUCCGAGUUGGGCUUCCUACUAUUUUCUCUCACAAUGGCCAUCAUUAUCUUUGCCACGGUCAUGUUUUAUGCAGAGAAAGGGUCCACAGCCAGCAAGUUCACCAGUAUCCCCGCAGCGUUUUGGUACACCAUUGUCACCAUGACAACACUGGGGUAUGGUGACAUGGUGCCAAAAACAAUCGUGGGGAAGGUGUUUGGGUCCAUAUGCUCUCUGAGUGGGGUGCUGGUCAUCGCCUUGCCUGUCCCUGUCAUAGUGUCAAACUUUAGCCGUAUAUACCACCAAAGCCAGCGGGCAGAGAAACGACGAGCCCAGAGGGCCUCCAAAGAGGCAGGACAAGCCCUGGUGGGGAAGCCUGCCAGCCCUCCCUUUGAAAGUCAACAUCAUCACCUGCUGCACUGCUUGGAGAAGACCACGAAUCAUGAGUUUGUGGACGAGCAGACAUUUCAGGCCAACUGCAUGGAAAUCUCGAUGAUGAAUAAGUCAGGCUCCCGCACCUCUUCUCUGUCUUCGUCUCCACAUGGCCUCAGCUCGUGCUGCUCUCGACGCCACAGGAAGAAGAGCAGCUUCAGCCUGCCCAGCACAAACAACCAGGAGCUCAGCACCAUACAAAUAAGAGAGAGACCAGUGGCCAACAGUCGCUCCAGCCUGAAUGCCAAACUUGAUGAGACUGUGCCCUUGAAGUGUGAUGAACCUUACAUCACUCCCUCCAUGGUUAGUCUAUCUGCCCCCGUGGUGACUUCAUCAGACGGGGACGGCUCCACCACCACCACCGCAUACUCUCAGAGCAACAUAGUCCGAGUAUCUGCCUUGUAGAUGUCAUGCCUAUCUGAUCAGCUAACUGGUUUCAAGAAGCACCAGAUGCUGAGGAGAGGGACCACCGAGCAUCAACCUGCCAUAAUCUAGAGGGAUUAUAAGAUUAUCAGAGGUCGGGUUUUUGAAGUAGUGAUCUCAUCUGAUGUCAAACUCUGCAUGGUAUUAAAACAAUUGUGGACAGCUGCCUUGGAAUAAAAGCAACCAGCAGAUCUUGCUCCCUUAAGCACAGCAGAGCAAAGAAGUGUUGGGAUUGCGUGGUUAUCAGUGUUGCCUAAAAAUACUGAGAAAAACUUUAUUUUUGAAUAUGUAAUGUAGUUGUAUUUGUUGUCUUCUUAUUCCAAGGGAAAAGGUGGAUGUUCAGAGGUCAUUCAUGAUGGCCUCUGAUGACAAAGCACAUAUUCAUUACCUGAAGGCCAUUUUGUGAAUAUUAAAUCUGUCUAUUUACACGUUAGAAAUAUUCACUUCUCCUGCCACCCAGUUUAUUAUACAAUAGAUUGUUUUGAAACCCUUGAUUAUUUGGUUUCUGAUAGUCCCCUCACUACUGUAAAUUCAGAAUAACAUACAUCCAUUGGAAUGGAUUGCUGUUGUGAAUAUUCAUUAACUAAUUCAUUAACUGAUUGAUGUCAUCGCUUGAUGAGUAAAAUAUACCACACACUGACAUGUUGUGAAAUGUGCAAGUGAAAGUCAAAAAGACAAAAUCUGUGUUAACUACAUAUUUGACAUUCUGAUAUGGAUUGAUGUGCAAGCCACUGUCAUUAAUUAACAAUCGAUAUUGAGAAAUAUACAGGGUAUAUAUUAGUUAGGUCACAAGGUAGAAAAAUAAAUGAAUGUUCUCUGCAACACUUAAGUAAUACCCUAAUGUGGACACACUGUAUUGACCGGAAAAACCAUAUGGAUGAGUGCUGCACAGCAGCAUUAAUAAGUUCCUCUAAAAUUACUCCGUUCAAAAUGAGACUUGGUGGAAUUCACUGUGUCAAAGGGCCAUUUUGUACAUUUUUCAUGUUGUAAAUAUUUCAGAACAAAAUCAUUUGCAUUUGAAGUUGGCUACUUUUAUUUCUAGAUUUAGUUUACAUACUAUUUCUGUCUGUUAACUGGUUGAAUUAAGGAUUUGCAUGCUGUCAUUACAGAAUUCUGUCUCAAAGUAUGUCUCUGCUUCC